GUAAUAGCUUCCAGUUCAUCUUUGUCUAAAAAAUUAAGAGUUGUCGAACUGCAGUAUGAACAUAUUGGGAUGGGCGGUGAUGGCAGCUAUUGGAUGCAAUGCAGCUAUAAGCGUGAGAGUGUCAAAUGAACUCGGGGCAGCUCAUCCAAGAACGGCUAAAUUUUCAGUGGUGGUGGUGGUAGUAUCCUCAUUCUUGAUUGGCCUUCUUCUAUCGGUCUUUUUACUUGUCUUUCGAAGGCAAUAUCCUACCUUAUUCGCGGAGAGUGAAUCAGUCAAGCGUCUUGUCUAUGAGCUAACACCAUUACUUGCAUUCUGCAUAGUGGUUAACAACAUUCAGCCAGCUCUAUCUGGUGUGGCAAUUGGAGCAGGAUGGCAAGCUUUGGUUGCUUAUGUCAAUAUUGCUUGUUACUAUUUGUUUGGUAUUCCACUGGGUUUACUAUUAGGGUAUAAGCUCAAUAUGGGUGUCCAAGGUAUUUGGUAUGGAAUGGUUAGCGGAACUCUGAUUCAAACUUUCGCCUUAUUUUGGAUAGUUUACAAAACCAGCUGGAACAAAGAGGCUUCUAUUGCAGCAGAGAGGAUAAAAAUGUGGGGAGGGGAAUCAAAUGGAAAGGCCGAUGAUGCAGAGAAAUGAACUGCGAUUUGGAGUCAUUGCAUUAAGCUCAUCAAGUGUAUAUGAAGAAAUUUUGAAAAUUUAAGUUGCUUAUUGUUCAAUGUAACAGCUCAGUAGUACUAGUGUUAAUCAUUGUAAGGAACUUUGCCAAAAUUAUUCUCAACUUGAAAGUGGACAAGACCCUUGAUAAGUUAGCUUUUAGCUAAUUUUUCUAGUGUUUUGAUAUAGCUUUACGCCCCAUUUGUCAGAAUUAAUUGAUUAAUUAUGCUU